GUGGAAGUUGGACACCCUCAGAGCCUGAACUCAACAACAAGCUGGCACAUCACAGCCAGUUGUGCUUUUCCUCUUCUCUCCCUGUGUUCUGGGAGUCCUUCUGUCUCCCCCCACCUCUGCCUGCAGUCACGGCGGGAGUGGGUGUGUCAAUGCGGGCCCGUGGAGCCUAGUCGCUGCUUGUGCGCACUCUGAAAAAGAGGAAAAAGUUGAUGAUGAGUUUAGUGUGAAAGCGGCCCGCCUCGGAGCAGGCUAACCGUCCCGGAAUGGCAGUUUGGACCCGAGCAGACAAAAACGGACAGCUGGACCUUCUGCUCCGUGACCGCUGGAUCCGAGUGACCGCCGAGCUCACCCGAGAAACGCUCACUUUGACGGCCGACGCGGAGGCAACCGGCCCCGGGACCAAUCACUGGGACUACAGCAACUCUUCGGCGGGCCUGCGAAAUGGCAUGUCAAACGGAAACGACCCGGGAACGAGUCCCGGGAACCCCGGCCGCGGUCAUUCCUCGGGUCAGGACCAACUCCAGAACCAGAGCCACGGGGGUCGGGGGCGCAGCGGCAGCCCGGGACGCGGGGGGGUCAGUCGGGGUCAGUACGACGGCGGUUACAGCAUGAACAGCCCUGGAAAGUACCCGAAUAACGGCACUAACUCAGACUUCGGGAGCCCCGGCUCCAGCUACGGCAGCCCCGGGUCCAGUUUCGGGUCGAGACCAGGCGACUUCCACGUCAGCGUGGACGGGUCUUCGGAAGCUGUGCGCAAAGUCCGGGUUGUCAAACAGGAGUCUGGCGGGCUGGGGAUCAGCAUUAAGGGGGGGCGCGAGAACAGGAUGCCCAUCCUCAUCUCAAAGAUCUUCCCGGGGCUCGCCGCAGACCAGAGCCGGGCUCUCCGGGUGGGCGACGCGAUCCUGUCGGUGAACGGCAACGACCUCCGGGAGGCAACGCACGACCAGGCGGUCCAGGCGCUCAAGAAGGCAGGCAAAGAAGUCACGCUGGAGGUGAAGUACAUCCGUGAGGUUUCUCCACUGUUCAAGAAGCCAUCCCUGGUGGCUGACCUGCCGUGGGACGGCGUCCGCCCACAGUCACCCAGCUACAGCGGCAGCGAUGACUCAGGGUCGCCCAAACACAUCAGCAGCUCCUCCUCAUCCAAAGACAGAAAGGUCAUCAGUCUGAAGAUGUGCUUCAUCUGCAGAAACCUCACCAUGCCAGAUCUGGAGAACAGACUGUUAGAGCUCCAUUCCCCAGACGGCCAGCACACGGUGGUGCUGCGAUGUAAAGACGGCCCCACCGCCAACACCUGGUUCACUGCCAUCCACACCAACAUUGCCGCCCUGCUGCCACAGACCUUGGCUCACAUCAGCGCCUACCUGGGGGCCUCGACCUCAGCCUCCACACACCCCCAUCUCAAACACAUUGGCUGGCUGGCUGAACAGGUAUUAAAAAAAGACCAAAAAGCCCCAAAACAACGACUUUUUCUUGAGCUCUUUCCCCUGUCGCCCUCUCCGCUAGGUUGCACAUUGAACAGACAGGAAGUUAGGCUGACUCUACACUAUGAAAAAGGCUUCACCGUGACGAGGGAGCCAGCCGACCCGAGCGGGGGGGCCGUGCUGUACAGAUACCCCUACGAGAAGCUUAAAAUGUCUUCCGACGAUGGAAUACGCAACCUUUACCUUGACUUCGGAGGUCCAGAGGGAGAAAUGGUGUUUGAUCUCCACUCGGGUCCAAAGCCAGUGGUGUUCGUCCUGCACUCCUUCCUGUCAGCCAAACUCACUCGCAUGGGUCUUCUGACGUGAAGCCCGCCAAAUGCUGACAGCGUGGAUGAGAGGAUUCUUUUUUUCUUUCUCGUUUUCAUUUCUUUUUAAUAUCUUGUUCGUUUUUCCAACUUGUCCGCUCACAGCUGAAGUCAGGCCUGACGUGGUGCUGCAGGGGGGAACCUUAACCCAAGGAGGUGCUUUGUCUGAUUGUCUCAAAAAUGUGCCUUCUCUUCCAGCUUCUCCUCGGCCCCUUGUGGUCAGCUGCGUUGCGAGGCGAGGUACAAGGAAGGGGCACUUUGUUUUAAGUCACGAGGUGAAAGGAGACUGUUUCCACAGAAAACAAAAAGUGUGUAUAUAUAUAUAGCAGUUAACAAUCUCAUAACAUUCCACGUGAUUGUGGGGCUUUUUCUUUUUAAAUAUAUUUCAUUAUAAAUAUCCGAUGAGAUGUUGAUGCAGCCGAUGUGCUUAUGAGAUUGCAGCACCUGUGCGCUCUAAGAAACGUGUUAGUGAAGUGCAUCGAAGAAAAAGGAAGGCUUUUUUUUAACUGACCGAGCACAGAUUGGUAAACGCUCCCAGUUUUUACUCUGCCUAUCAUUCCACGACAGCCUUCCGGUGUAUUUUGGGCUCUUUUUAAAGCGUAUUUGUCUUUGUGAGAGGGAGACGUUGCUUUAGAGUCGCGAUGCAGUUACCCGAGCGGAGGUUGUGCGCUGCACGCUGCCGUUGGCUUGAUAGUGUGCCUCAUAGUUUUAGCACAUUAUCCCAAACUACUGUUGUAAUCAGGAUCACCAACUGUGCCUUGUUACUUGUAGUCAGAGACACUCUUUAUAGUGUUCCCUUUUUUUUAAUUCACACAAUAAGAGAAUUUUACGCUUCAGACAUGCACAAGCAAUAGUAUUACUCUUAUAGUGUAAACAAUGUUACGAUUUUUUUAGUGUGUAUCUCCUGAAAGCAUGACUUCCUGAUGUUGGACUCUGUAUUAGACGAUUAUAUAUGACAUGACCGUGCGUUACCUCCCC